AUGGACUUGGACGCGACGCUCGCGCGGCUGAAUGCGCUCAAGCUGCACGACCCGCGCGCUUCAGCUGCUGCAACUUCUUCUUCUACUACUACUGCAACGGCCUCUACUGCAACGACGUCUGUUAUCCACGCACGUGCUCGGCAACAUACCGAGCAGACGGUGCAGCUCCACCAGGAGGUACAGCGGCUCUCCAACGAGCACGAGCGGCAGCUGCAGCACUGGGAGCACGAGAUGCAACAGCUCCAGCGGCGACUGGAGGCGUCGGAGCACCAGAACCGGCUCCUGAAGGCGUCGCUGGGCGACGUGGUCACGUACCGCCGCGCGGCCGAGACGCAGCAGCUCGUGAUCGAAGAGCUCCAGACGCAAGUGAAGCAGCUCCGGAGCACGAAUUACCGACUUCAGUACGUCGUGCAGCAGCAGGAGCCACGAGGCGCUGGCUCGUUUUUGCCCCCGCGGCCGCCAGAUAUCUGUUGA